GGCGGAGUGAGCGUUGAGGCUCUGGAACUGGGGGGACCAUGGAGAUUUUUAGCAUCCAGCAGUUGGUGACUGACGAGCGACAUGAAGGGAAAGUGCGAGGUUUUGAGGUGCUGGCAGGAGGCACCGCCAGGGCGCCUGAAGGCUGGGGUUCAUCAGGCCGGACUGGUGUGUGGGAAGCAGUCAGCAAGGAGAGGCAGAAGGCAGAAGAGGCGAAGAAGAAAAAGCUGGAGACACUCAAUAACUCCAGGCUGAAGCUGGACAGCCUGCAGGAUCUGGAGGCCAUAAUCCAGCUUCGCAAGAACAAGAAACGGUUGAAGAAGGUGGUCCGCCCCAAAAAGCAGGAGCCGGAACCCGUCACAGAGCCUGUGGGACCAGAACAGUUUCUACAAGCUGCCCUAGACAACCGGGUCCUUGUGAUUGACAAGUAUCUGGCAGAUGGAGGGGACCCCAACGCUCAUGACCAGUUCAAAUGCACCGCCCUGCACCGGGCCUGCUUGCGAGGCCAUGCAGAGAUCGUGGACAAGCUGCUAGAAGCUGGGGCCAAGCUUGAGCCGAGAGACAUGCUGGAGGCAACACCCGUCUUCUGGGCCUGCCGCGGGGGACACCUGGAGAUCCUCAAACGGCUGAUCAGCCGGGGAGCCAAGAUCUCCACGCGGGACAAGCUGUGGAGCACCCCGCUUCACGUGGCCGUCCGGACGGGGCAUUGUGAAUGUGCCGAGCACCUGAUUGCCUGUGGGGCAAACAUCAAUGCGCAAGAUAAGGAAGGAGACACGCCCAUUCACGACGCAGUCCGGCUGGGACGCUUCAAGGCCGUGAAGACAUUGCUUAUGUACGGCGCAAACCUCGGCAUCCAGAAUGAGGCGGCAGUGACUCCAGUGGACCUGGUGAAGGACUGGCAGACAGGCAUCCGGGAAACACUGCAGGCUUGUUCUGAUAGGCAGCGAGCCUCCACCAGGAACUGAGGAGAGAGCAGAGGGGCUUGGGGUGUGUGUGUGUGGGGGGGCACUAGCCCCAGAGCAAGCAUUCCAACCCCACCCGCUGGCCAUUUCCUGUGCCAAGCUGGUCUUGUUGCAGCGGGCAGGACGGAUCUCCCUUUAAACUUGGGUGCCAGUGAGGGUCGUGCUGACUGUGGCCCCAGACGGAAAAGGGUCCUUGAAAACCUAUGUCUGAAAGGCCUUUCAGGGAGACUUUCCGGCACCUUGGAGGGGGCCAGGAGAGCUGUGCAGGGCACCCCUGCGCCCUUCCUGGUGCCGUUGACUGGGUUAUGCUGGCCUCGCCCAUUCAGAGGAGGUGAUCCCCCUCAGGGGAAACUAAGGCACAUGAGAGAUGACAGUUGCAGCCUUGUGACUUUGUCCAUUUAUGUAAUCUGCUUUUAAAGCCAUCUAAGCCAAUGGUCGCUUCCACAUCUUGUGGCAGAGAGUUCCAGAGACUCUGUGUCAUGUGUGGAGAAGAAGGGAGAUAAGCGUCCGGUCAAAUGUAAGAUCUUCUAAAGCAGUUCAUUAUGGGACAAACUGCUUAGGGAGAUGCAGUAUUUUUUAAGAAUCAGAUUUUUAUUUUUUAUUUAAAGGUGGUUGGACAGGCACCUCACAGGAAUACCUAAAAUGCAGCCUAGCGUUCCUUGGGAUGGGUGGUUGGACCCACCGAGUCCCUUUUGACUCUCAUGGUUCUGCAGGGAACGUGGGUUCUGCAUCUUGAAGGAACUGGCAUCGGUGCUUCACGUAUCCCCAAGGCCUCUGUGCUUUCCUCCUCCUACCUUUUCAAAUAUGGGAGUGUCCUAAUACAGCCCUCCCUGUUUCUAUGGUUGAGGGCUGGAAGAUGUUCCUAGCAAGAAGGGGGGGUGAGACCAUGGGUGGUUUGAGUUGGGGUAGGCCAUCUUGACCCUCCAGCUGCUGCUGAACUACAUCUCCCAUCAACCCCAGCGGCAGUCAACCCCAGCUGGAGACGUAAAUCAGGAGCAGCUGGACAGCCAAAGUUGCCUACGCCUGGUGUAAGCCGAGGCGCUAUAGGUCCUGCUUUCUGAGUACUGAAAAGGAGGCUCGUCUCUCUCUCCGGUGCCUUAAUUUCCCCCGUUUCAAGACACGGGCUAGGCACACCUGCCAUUCCCAGGCAAGUAGGAUUGUGCUUUUUCUCUCUGAAGAGUCCCUGCCCUGGGGCCCGGCGUCGUGCACCGUGGCCUCGCUCCUCCUCUUGCAGGAGAGCUGGUCUUGUGGUAGCAAGCAUGACUUGUCUCCCUAGCUAAGCAGGGUCUGCCCUGGUUGCAUUUGAAUGGGAGACCACAUGUGAGCACUGGAAGAGAUUCCCCUUAGGGGAUGAUGGAGCCGCUCUGGGAAGAGCAGAAGGUCUCAAGUUCCCUCCCUGGCAGCAUCUCCAAGAUAGGGCUGAGAGAGAUUCCUGCUUGCAGCCUUGGAGAAGCCGCUGCCUGUCUGUGAAGACAAUACUGAGCUAGACAGACCAAUGGUCUGACUCAGUAUAGGGCAGCUUCCGAUGUUUCUAUGUUUCUCUCUGCCCUCUGCUGCUUCCUCAGUGCUAUUCCCGGCCACUGUGGUGGCCCCGGCUACUAGCCUACACAUGGCCUUCUCAUUCCUUCCUUGCUGGAGACGCGGGAUCUCAGCACUGCUGGUCAGGCCGAGAUUCCCACCCAGCACCAUCCUGACAGGAUGCAUUUCUUGGACGCAAGACGGGCCCGGGUGCUGGUGGUGCAACGUCUGCACGCCACUGGCUGGCCAACCCUCACUUUGCCUUCCUACAGAACCUUUUACAUUUCUGGAGUAUGCAGAGCAGCUUUCAGACGCUGUCCACACACAAACCGUCUUCCCCGUGGAACUGGGUUUCACACAUACCGUGAACCGGAUGACGCAACUACUGACGGAUUUUCAAGGAAACCACAAGAAGAGAACCCCAGAGCCAGGAUGGGCUUUGCCAUCUGUGUCUGCUGACAUCAAUGGUGGCCUGCCUGGACCUUUCUGUCUGGUACGUGGGUCAGCCUGGACUCUGGAGAUUGAAACUGGACUUUUUUUUUUAACGUCCCAGCUUUGCAAAGAAAGUGCAGGUUGGGCUGGAGGAAACGACUUGAACGGAUCUUAGCCGAGCGAUGCGAGAUCUUGCCUCUUCAAGUUGAUCUUGAAUGGACAGGUGUCACGAAUAAAUGACCCGGUCUCUCUUUUUAUUGUGAAAAACAGAGACUGAGAAAAUGCAAGCAGAAAAUGGCCAUGGCAUAUGGCUAACUAAAGUCCUAUUCAGAUAUUAUGUUGCACAAGCAUACAGGUGUCUGUGCACUCAUAGGGGUAUGUGUGCAUAACUGUCCCUGUUUUGGUUUAAAAAAUGAACCUGCCGACAGGACCCUCAAAUGCAUGGUGCAGAAAGGAAGUGUACUGUUGUUCCUGUGUUCAAUAGGGUGUGCAAACAACUGUACCUCUAUACAGUGUACACGGAUUGUGCGAAUGUCAAAUAUAAUGUCUGCAUGGGGCUUGCCUUUUAGCCAGUUGGGUGGCUUGAGGGUUCCUAUAAGCCUUUCUCAUACAUACAUUGUCACACAUCUGCCCCCUGGUUCAAUGGGCUGUACAGACAACCCCCCCAACCCGUCCCUUCUCCGUCCCUGCCCCACCUAGGGUCCAGUCCAGGCCAUGGCUGCCCAAGGAAAGCCCUCCUGGACCAAGAUGGGUGUCUGUGGCAUUCUGAUUCAGGGACUGGAUGGUGUGGGCCAGGGGUUGCCAAGACUUGUGUGCCUCAAAAGGUUAGUUUUUUGUGAGGCAGAUGUGAUGCAGUCCCUCUGUUGUAAAUAAUAAAACUUAUUUUAAGCCCUC